CUGGGUAGAGGGUCGGACGCAGGGAGCCAUUCAUUCUUCUGCGGUGAAAACGUGGAGGAGGAUGAAUAGUCUGUGAGGGAGAAAAUCAAACUCGAAUCGAAAUAGAUAGUCAAGGCAAAACCUGCACAAACUUCAGAGAAGGCACAAAAAAGAGAUCAUCCCACUGUGAGGAUUUCACAGCUCCAGAUCCGCGCAGACUGCAGCUUUUACACGUUGUGACGAUCUGAGAGAAGAGGCUUACGUCUGGAUUUCAUCGAAGAGAUUUUGCCUCUUGCAUCCACUGCCGGGUCCCACACUGGAGGUCGGUGUUGUCGUUUCUUGUCAUGUGUGUUUGAUGUGACGCCAGCGGGCUGGCUCAGGGAACACAACUUCAAUACAAUGUAGACACCAAAAACCAAGCACAAUAAGAGUCUGAAGACCGCACCGACAGGAGGGUGAGCUCAAGGAGGAGGAACCUGCUGUACUGAGACAACACCAGGUUAAGAUAAGGAGUGAGAGAAGUGGAGAGAAAAACAGAGAAGGAGCAGGCUGUGAAUCAUUGACGUGAACCUUUUGUGUACAGCGGUGUCACCUUCUUCUUCCUCUGAAGGGUUUUCACUCGCUCUCACGUCUUCGCUGCAGAAGGAUCACAACCUUAGCUCUCUGUCUUUUGAGGACUUUCUAUCCACAAUCCAGCUUUUCAUCUCUCAGCAAGUAAAGGUCUUAAAUCGCAACAGAGGGAGCCAUCCAGCCACCGUCAGCAUGUGCCAUGUUAUUGUCACCUGUCGCUCCAUGCUGUGGACUCUGCUGAGUAUUGUUGCCGCGUUCGGAGAGCUCAUCGCCUUCAUGAGCACCGACUGGCUCGUUGGAUUCCCCCGUGCAUCCGAUGCAGUUUUCGGCCCCCAUGGGGCCACCACAGCCGGAGAGGCUUACAGGCCCACUUUAGGCAUCUAUGGUCGCUGUAUAAAACUGCCUCGCCUGCAGCAGGGAAUACUGUGCGGACCAUACGCAGUCCACUUUGGAGAGAUUGCCAGCGGGUUCUGGCAGGCUACUUCUAUCUUCCUGGCUGCAGGGAUCCUGUUGCUGUGUGCCGUGGCAUUCAUUUCCGUCUUCACCAUGUGCUUUCAAAGCAUCAUGAAGAAGAGCAUCUUUAAUGUGUGCGGACUGCUGCAGGGAAUUGCAGGUCUGUUCCUGAUCCUAGGUCUGAUGCUGUACCCUGCUGGCUGGGGUUCAGACAAGGUCCAGCUGUACUGCGGACCAGACGCGGCGCCGUACCGCGCUGGUCUCUGCUCCAUGGGCUGGGCCUUUUACACCGCCAUGGGUGGCACUGUGCUCACCUUUGUCUGCGCUGUCUUCUCUGCUCAGGCUGAGAUCGCCACCUCCAGCGAUAAGGUUCAGGAGGAGAUCGAGGAGGGCAAGAGCCUGAUCUGCCUCCUGUGAAGCUCAGAUAACACUUAUUGUGCAGGUGGGGGGAGAGAAGAAGGAUGAGGCAGAGCUGUGCCACUUAUGAUCUGGCCCUCUUCUGCCUAUUCAAAAAUAAAAAAGCUGGCCUGUGAAAUUGAGGGCCCAUUCAUUGUUUACCACUAAUACUGACUCUUAUUUUGUCUCAGUUUUCUGUUUGAAGUGGGAGAAACUUAUAAGUGCCAAGUUUGUUUGUUUUUUUCUAGGUGUCUGUCUUUGUCUUUCUGCCACUAGAGGUGCUGUGUCUGUUAUUGUAUUCAUUUUAAGCAUGUGGAUGCCCUGCGAGGCAUUGUCUGUUACCACAUGUUCUGUAAAUAAGCGUGAUUAUAUAUAUUUUGUACAUAGUUAUGAUCGCAGAAUGAUGGUCAGCUGGAUCCAGGCUGGGCUGAUGAUGUCACUCUUGCCUUAAAAAAAAAAUGAAAAAAAAAAAAACUUUAAAAAAAUAAACCUGGAUCUGUUAACUGUCAACAAGGGAACCACUAGUCAGUCAGAAUAAACUGCUCAUAAAAAUAAAUGGCCUUUAGCUCAGAGUGGAUGUUCUUUAGAGCUUACAGAAUGUACUAUUUGAUUAAUUAAUGUGUUUGUAGACGCUUGAAAUGUAUCGGUGGAAACGAUUCUUCACAUGGACUGCACAAAGACGAGCAAAGGAGGCUCUUCGGUGCAUUUUGUUUGUCAAAUCCUAACAUGAAGUGAGCUUAAUCCUAACCAGUUGGCCUGUGAAGUGUCUGGUCCUCCUCAGCAGACAUCCUGUAAUCUGUGCACAUGGACUGAAUGAUGAGGACACAUAAAUAAAUGAAGUAUUGCUGUUGUUAA